AAAGAAAUUAAGUAAAUGUUAAAUUAUUUUAGAGGAACAAAAAUAAGUGUUCUGAAAUUGUUGAAAGAGAGAGGCAGAUUGAUCACUCUUUCUCUCUCUAUAGUAGCAGCGUCCGAAACCAUGGGUAUCUGGGAAGCUUUUCUCAAUUGGCUUCGAAGCCUCUUUUUCAAGCAGGAAAUGGAACUUUCUCUGAUAGGACUUCAGAAUGCAGGAAAAACUUCUCUUGUAAAUGUUGUGGCAACUGGUGGAUAUAGUGAAGAUAUGAUCCCGACUGUUGGUUUCAACAUGAAGAAGGUUACUAAAGGGAAUGUGACAAUAAAGUUGUGGGAUCUUGGAGGUCAACCAAGGUUUCGCAGUAUGUGGGAGAGAUACUGCCGUGCUGUCUCUGCUAUAGUUUAUGUUGUUGAUGCUGCUGACCACGAUAACAUAAGCAUUUCAAGGAGUGAACUUCAUGAUCUACUGAGCAAACCCUCACUGAACGGUAUCCCGCUACUGGUGCUGGGAAACAAAAUAGACAAGUAUGGAGCACUCUCUAAAGAUGCUCUUACGGAUCAAAUGGACCUCAAGUCAAUUACUGACCGAGAGGUAUGCUGCUUUAUGAUCUCAUGCAAGAAUUCUACGAACAUCGAUGCUGUUAUCGACUGGCUUGUGAAGCACUCGAAAUCAAAGAGCUAAAUACAAGGCUAUUACUUAAUUCUCCCAGAUUCUUGUGUUGAUUGUCAUAAAACUUUGGAUGGCUGUGUCGAUAUCUUUACAUAGAGCUUUACAUUUUACAGUGCUGUACAUUAAGUUUUGUUUAUGAAUGAGAUGAUUUGUGUGUCUUUUUCAUCCUCCGCCAAGGAAGAAA